UCUCCAAUUAAAAAAAGAAAACAAUAUUCCAUUCUCUCUCUCUCUCUCUCUCUCUCUCUCUCUCUGUGUCUGAAGCCACAGACUUCCACCAUUUCCACAUCUCCGGAGCUUUUUCUUGAGCUUCUCGUUGAGCUUCUCGUCUUCCUCAAGCUCACAGAGCCCUUCCCCCAACCCCAUUAUUCUUAGCUUGCUCGCAAUCUCAAUUCCCCUCCGCUUUUUGUCCCCUCCCAAUCCGCCGCUGUAUGCUUCAGGUGUUUGCGUGAUAAAGCCCCCCAUCCGAUCGAUUGGCUGAGCCCCACCCCCUGCCCUCGCAAUCGGCCUCGGAGCCCUCGCCGGCGGACGUGUUAGGUGGGGAUCUAUGUAUGUUGGCGAGCCCAGGAGGCAGAGAUCGUGGACGGCGGGUUUCGAUAAAUGCGCCCUGAGCAGCGAGGUAAUAAUAAAUGCUCAUAAUUGGGGAUCUAGGGUUUGCGAGCCUGGUCCUUGUGGUCUGCUUGGUGCUCGCAGCGUUCGCGCUUGUCGUACGGCGGAAAUGGCGGGCCUCUGCCGCCAGGAAGGAGGAGAUCAGGCGGCUGCUCGCCAUGGCUUCGGAGGAAGCCGCCAGGGCCCAGCUUGAAGAUUCUGUCAGCUGCAGCGCCGCUUCUCUGCCCUCUGUUUCCUGCCCUUACCAGUGCGCUGUUUGCUAUUUCCCCACCACAACACGGUGUGCUAAGUGCAAAGUGGUCAGAUACUGUUCUGGAAAGUGUCAAAUCCUUCAUUGGCGUCAAGGGCAUAGAGAGGAAUGUCGUCCUCCUGAGGAAGGGACAAAUUUUGAGUUGAAAAGAGCCUUCCUAGAAGAAUAUGUAAAUCAUGAUGGUAAGUGUCAGAAUGGAGUAAAUAAGAGUACCAAAUUGGUGGAGUUAUUGCCUGAUGAAGACACUUUGCUUAAGUCAAGCAGCUCUGCAGAAGAAUUGCAUACAAAAUGCAACGAUGCCAAGACAGCGUAUGGAAAGGGAAAUACUUCGCCUGAAUCUUCUAGUGCCUCAUUUUCUGGAUUCUCGGCUUCAACUACCGGUAGUGAAUCAUCUGAUGAUAUUUCAGUGUGUGAAAGCAUUUCUUCAAUUGAUUCUGGGAAGUGCGACGAGCAUAUAUCAGCUGAUACUGCACUUGGAAUAUCUGAGAAGGACUCCAAUGCCAAUAUUCGAGAUCCAGUUAAACCACUGUCUCCAAAAUUUGCCAGCUUGGUUGACUCUGUGGGUGGUUUUUCAAGUUCAGGCACAUUGAACCAAAGCAAGGGUGACUAUGACGAUGGACAAGUGCAAUGCAGGUCAAUCAAAUCUUCAUUAUCUGGUAAUUGCACUGGGAACGGGACUUUGACUAAGGAGUCUCUAGUACCUGAUUUCUGGGAGGGCGUCGUCGAUUCCUCUGGGCAAAGGGAUCGGAUUGAGAACUGCUCUGCAUCUUCGAUGUCUUCUGGGAUUAAUACCAAGGAUGCAUUUGAUUCUGGAUCUACGCUACACUUUUCAUUUCACUUGUCACAGGAUAAUACGCCAACCGUGGGUAAGCAGGUCUUUGAGAAAGCAUCUGGGGAUGCUUUUGGAGCUGAGAAGCCUCAUGGUGUAUAUGUUUCACCCAGUGUAAAGGCAAAAGAUGGUGUAAAUGCUACUGACUUCCCAUCCAAGAAAUAUGAGAGGACUAGAUACGGAGAUGAGGGUUCUAGUAACAGCUCGAAGAAUGGUGCUCAUUUCUUGAAGCCGAGGGAAGUUAGCUCUUCAUCUUUCCACUCUGUCCAUGAUAGCGCUGGUUCAUCUUUAAAGAGUGGUGUAGUUACUGGCAGCAUGGAUGCCAAAAGUCCUGGUAAUUCGCCAUCCUCAACCAAUGGAAUGACAACUCAUGUCUCCAGCAAUGAGAAUAGGAACCUACUGAGAAGUCAUAUGGUCUUGUCAUCUACUGCCCCUGAUAAGCAUGCAGUUUCAAAGUCUGAGGAUCAUUCAGCUUCGCAUGUGAAAUCAAGGAAAGCCUAUGAAACUGAUAAGCAUGUGGGCUUCUCUUCUCAAGCCACAGGUGGUUCGCUGAAUUCUAGAAAUGGCUUAAAAAUGUCUGUUUGGAGAGUUAUAGAUCAGUUGAAAGGAUCUGUGAUCUCAAAACACAAUCAGUUAGGAGACCCGACUGAUUUAGAUGGAAAAUGCAAUCAAAAGGGUCUCUUUUCGUAUGAGUUGUUUAUCAGGCUUUAUAUGUGGAAAGGUGUGGAAUUGCGUCCUUGUGGGUUAAUAAAUUGCGGGAACAGUUGUUAUGCUAAUGCAGUGUUGCAGUGCCUAGCAUUUACUCCUCCCCUAACUUCUUAUUUUCUUCAAGGAUUGCAUAGGAAAACAUGUAGAAAAAGAGAAUGGUGUUUCUCCUGUGAAUUUGAAGGUCUCAUUUUGAAAUUUAAGGAAGGUAAAUCUCCUGUUUCACCAAUAGGGAUCGUCUCCCAACUGAAAUGCAUAGGAAGCCAGCUUGGUCAUGGGAGAGAAGAGGAUGCACAUGAAUUUCUAAGGUAUGCAAUUGAUAAAAUGCAAUCCGUUUGCCUUAUGGAAUCUGGAAAAAAGACAUUUAGCUCCAUUGAAGAAGAAACAACUCUGAUUGGCCUUAUAUUUGGUGGCUACUUUCGAUCAAAGAUAAAGUGCACAAGGUGCCAUGGAAAGUCUGAGCGGCAUGAGAGAAUGAUGGAUCUAACUGUUGAGAUAGAAGGUGAUAUUGGGACUCUGGAGGAAGCCCUUCGGCAAUUUACAAGAACUGAAACCUUGGAUGGUGAAAACAAGUACAGAUGUAGCAGAUGUAAAUCCUAUGAGAAGGCCAAGAAGAAAUUGACUGUGCUGAGGGCGCCGAAUGUCCUUACAAUUGCACUAAAACGAUUCCAGUCGGGUAAAUUUGGGAAGCUCAACAAGUUGGUCCGGUUCCCAGAGAGCCUGGACCUAACCUCAUUCAUGAGCGGGACAAGUGAUAAGCCCGAAUACAAGCUUUAUGGAGUGAUUGUGCACGUGGAUAUCAUGAAUGCGGCAUUUUCUGGUCACUAUGUCUGCUAUGUCAAGGAUUCUCGAAACAAGUGGUUCAAGAUUGACGAUAGCACAGUGACGCCAGUAGAAAUUGAAAGAGUCUUGUCCAAGGGGGCAUACAUGCUUUUCUAUGCGAGGUCGCAGCCACUGGACCCUAGAUCACUGAAGAACAGAGCUGUCCCUCCUGUUCCUGUCAGCAAAACUUUGCCUGUUUGGAACAGCGGGAAAGAUCCUACACAGAGAUCUCAACGCUCGACCAAUUCUUACCUUACGCUAGACCGAUCGUUUUACUUGAACAUGCACCAGCUUCAGAGAACCGGGGAGGAUUCUUCCAGUGACAACUCUUCCCUGUUCAGCAGUUAUUCCGAUGAGGGCUCUUGUAGCACUGCUAGCACCCGGGAUUCCACCAGCUUUGACGAUCUCUCCGAUUACAUCUUUGGGGACUCGUCCACUCUGUCAUCUUCUCCUCUGUACUCGAGGUACUCACCAAUUCAAACUUAUGAAGGAUCAGGAGGAGGGGGGCUGGUGAAUCUGGGAGGUGAGGGAAGGGGAAGUGUUCCAUUUUUGCAUUCCGAUGUUAUGACUAAACCGCGUAGAGAUAGCAAUAGUAGCUUUAGUAAUAUGGAGACUGACCUGGGACCAUUGUCUGUGGCUAACCAGUUGUUCGGCGAUCUAAAAUAUAAUGUUGUACCAUCUAGAAGACCGAGAAGGGGGAGGACAGAUUGAUAGUUAAGAUAAUUUUAUUAGAUUUCUGUGUCGAGAUAGAGAAACGUGUAAAUAAGAGAUGGAGAGGAAGCAGCUGUAUUCAGGAUGCAAAAAUUCGGGAUGAUGUGGAUGUUGGCAAGACAGAGAGCGUCCUCAUUGUAUGCGUACUUGUUUCACUUUCGACUCAAAAUGUAAUGGUGUCAGUAGAGGAAAUAAAUUCGAUGGGGAAGUCAUUCGACUGAAUCCCUGAAAUCAGGCCA